GCCGCUCGACGCUAUCCCAUUCGUGAUUUCUGGCUGCUUUGGAGGCACGGCAGCCUUCCCCUCCUCCCGCCCCAACGCAGCGCAGAACCACAGGAACCUCCCCUCCUCCCCCCGGGGGUCUCGACAAGCGCUAAUCAAUUAGCCGCCCGCGCAAACUUUGUUUCCGUUCGUACACCCGAACCGGGCGUUCGCUCCUCGCCACGCCGGGGUGAGUGAGGUACACAGCGAGGGAGCGAGUGUCUGCGGGUGGAUCGGGUCAGACGAGGAGCAGAGAGAGACGCGUUAGGCGAGGGACGCUCGGACGCGCGUUUGGCUUGAGACGGGGAACUGAAAAGUAAAGGCGAGGCGCUCUUGACGCGCGGCGCGGAUGUCGCGGCCAUGGGCUGCAGAGGAAACAAGACUUGCUGCGGGCACUGCUGGGGCUGGGUGGUGGCCCUGGCCUAUUUCGGCUACCUGCUGAUAGGAGCCGCCGUGUUCCAGGCCCUGGAGAAGGCGACCGAAACGUCGAACCAGGAGAACCUGCAGCUGGAGAAACUGGAGUUUCUCCGCAACUACACUUGCCUGGACGCAGAGGCGCUGAAGCAGUUUGCGCAGGUGGUCGUGGAGGCCAUGUCGAAGGGUCUGCACCCCGAGGGGAACUUCUCCAGCAUCACCAACUGGGAUUUCAGCUCCUCGUUCUUCUUCGCCGGGACGGUGGUGACCACGAUAGGCUACGGUCACCUCUCGCCCAAUACGGUGGGCGGGCAGGUGUUCUGCGCCUUCUACGCGCUCUUCGGAAUCCCCUUCAACGUGAUCGUGCUCAACAUGGUCGGCAAGAGCAUCACGCGCCACGCCAAGCGUCUGGAGAUACAGAUCCGGAAAAAGGGCUUCAACAAGGUGAAGGUGGCCAUCGCGCUGCUGUCGUUGCUGGGAGGGACGGUGCUCUUCCUGCUGCUGCCCCCGCUCGUGUUCGGCGUGCUGGAGGGCUGGACCUACACCGAGGGCUUCUACUACGCUUUCAUCACGCUCAGCACCAUCGGCUUCGGGGACUAUGUUGUCGGAAACAACCCAAACCGCACGUACGCGCACAGCUACCGCGGACUGGUUGCCCUCUGGAUCAUAUUCGGCAUCGCCUGGCUUGCCAUCAUCUUCAACCUGUUCAUGGGCAUCAUAGAGGAGUCCAAGAGAGUGCUGAACAAGGUUCGUUUCAAGCCGCGACAGAACGGGAAGUUCUGCGUGCUGAUGUGCGCCGACGCUCCCAUCCAGAAGUCGGGCAGCGCCUCUGACGAGAAACUGGGCACCGCCUACGGCUCCGCAGCGACGCCCGAGAAGGAGAGCGCGGAGCCCCUGGGCGUCUCCGGGACGCCGUCCUCCACGGGCAGCACCGACGGGGGCGAGGCCGAGAUAGCCCUCAAAGCGUUGGGGGUCGCCAACGCGCACUGACGUCGUCGUUCCGCGUAGCUCUCCGUCCGAUGGGUGAAGGAGGAGUCGUGUGGGCGGGGGAACAAGCGAGGCGCUCCAGUCGCCUCCUGAAAAAGCUGCCAGCAGGUGGAGUGAAACACUCGGCGUCAUCGUCGCGAAACACACCGGGAGUGCUCCGCAAAGUAAAACGCUUGACAAAACGACGAGGGAAAAAGCCGCGCACGACGCGCACGAAUUCCGCAACGCUUUUCAACGUCCUCGGAAGCAUUUCGCGAGCGAUCAUGAUGUCACGUUUUAAGCCGCACAAUGACACGAAGUCGCACACAGUGCCGCAAUCGGGAGGCGAGGCACGAAUGCUGAUGUGUGACGUCAUUACCUUGGCCAGCAAGGAAAAACCUUUUAGUGCUGGUUUUUAUUACUCAGUUAUGGGAACCUCUUUGGUCAAUUUGGCAGAUGGUGUCUCGGGUCAGUCCUUAAUUGUAACGCUACUUUAAACUGAAAUUAUGUUAACAUUGGAUCAUAUCCCACCCCCUCCCCCUAUUGUAUCUAUCACGACCAUGUAGGAUAGCAAGGCCAGCGUGGUAGCUUUGCUUAGACAUUUUUUUGGAUAAACAAGGGUACUGUAGUACGUUUGGUAGAGAAUACAAAAUAUGUAUGGACAUGAACAAUAAAUAUUAUGCUUAUUAAAACGGUAUUGAAACUAAUAUUACAGCCCAUGGUGGUGAAAACUGGUAGCCUUUCCCAAAGUGGAACCGGCCAACCGCCUUGGACAAUGGCCAGUCUUUGUUCCACACAGAGGAGGCUGUUGUGGGGUCGCUUAAAGGGAAAUGGUAUUGUACCAGACCUGCGUAUCAGUCCCUAUCUCUGGCAGGGAGAAUAUUUAACUUGUAAAGGUGUAACGGUUAUGAGGGCAGUCCAUUUGUGUGCUGGACCAGACAGGGUUCACCCUGACCAGCGUUAUCAUAACUUCCUUGUGAAGGAAUCGACGAGCCCGCCUGUGCCCCACCUGUGCCCCACAUGUGCACGACCCAAUGAUGCAACAAAUUCGCUUCAAUCGUCGUGGUACACGAGCCAGAAGUCUUGUCUGAAAGACGCGUCCGUUUGAAGACACCGAGGUUUCUUGUGCAUUCUCACAGAGUGCACGAACGGUUAAACGCAGUGCCUCACGUUUUUUACCGCCCGUGCGAGUUGACUAAUAGCGAGACGGCACUUGCAACACAACUUCUUAUCUCCUGGCAAAGUGUACUCCUUACCGAAUAGACCUAUAGUUUACAACUUUGGACUUGAUAUGUAAACAGAUGGGGUUUUUUCCUCCUUCCAAGGAUUCAAUGAUACGUUAUUGGUAACUUACUUUUUUAGUUUUUAUUUAACUGUUGAACAUCUUGUGCUUUACAUUUGCGUCUUUCAAGGCCACGUAAAAUAUAUCUAUAAUCUAGCGGGCAAAGGGAACAAAGAGAGAUUUCGACGCGGGGCGUUCUCAGUCGCACGCCGUCGCCUGUCGGUCCGCUUGGGCAUGGCGCGGCAACUGGGGCCUGGGGCUGUGUCGGUGGGGGGCUGUGCGAUCAAACCGAAGGACGAUGAUCUUUGCACACCUGCGGUUCCUCCCACUCCCGACGCCGCUUGGGAGCCGCAGCCGUAUAGAGUGUCAGCGCUUUGUCGCGAGUUUAUCAAGAGCACAGCUCAACAAUCGUCAAAACCUUGCUGCAUGUGUAGAGGCCGUAAUCGCGCGCACAUCUCUGAAAAUAAACUGAAAUACAUUCUUUAUUUACGAAUUUAUAAACUCUUGCGGUUUUUUUUCUUGAGACGUUCGUGCUGCAAAUGUUUUUAUGUUUUCAGAACUGAUGUUGGUGAUGUUAAUCAGCAGCAUAAUUAUAUUAUCCGAGUGCCGAAUAGUGUUUCUCGAAUAUACUCAUUGGAUGGACACUGCAAAAUUGAGGCAACGUGUAUGCAAAAAUGAUAUAAGCCAAAUUUCUCUUGCAACACGCAUGCCCUCUUACCGUGAAUAAGCUGCAAAUUCUACACAACACCUUUUCCUGCCGUCGAAAUGAGACUCCUGUCCAGGUUGUGGUGCCGUGGGCAAUGCGAUAGGCUCAAUGCAUCCUCGAAUGGAUUUCCUCAUUUUGUCAAAGUCUUGAGCGAUGGGUGGGUGGGGGGAACAAAGCGCUCUUUGGGCUUAGAGCUCACACCUGCGGGGCUGAGAGCUCGCACCUACGUCUGUACACAGCAUGCAACCUCCGGUGCCUUUCCCGCAUUGUUCCCAUUCGCACGUCAAACAUGGGGUUGCCAACGGAGCAACCAAACGCAAACUCAAAGGGGGUUCUUGUAUUUGCGCAACACACAUGCCGCCGAGGGAAAGCCAGGUAGCUCGCCAACUGCAUUAACGAUCGCGCACGGCUCCAUUAUUAAUCCACCGCUGGAUGAGGGCCUCCAGUCACCGUGAAGGUAGUGGGCAAUUGUUUUUUUUUACCAUACUUUACCACGCCCGUCAGUGCGGGUUGGUGAUGGCGGGGAGCACAGAGGUACAGCCCAAGGAAUUUUUCAGCACUGCCCUCUGCUGUCCACCGUACUGCUCCAUAAACUGUAAGCUCUGGCAGUGGUGAUAAAUCCAGCUGUGCCAUAAACAGGAGCUCGGAGAGAACUUACAAAACCGUGCUACAUGUGCAAAACAACUCAACACAUUCAUCAAUAAUACUGCCUUAAAAUAAAUAUAUAACAGGCCCUCUUUGGCGAAUGUGUUCAUUUGUUAUUUGUGCUUUGUGCGUCGCUUAGCACUCUGUCGUGUGGGAGGUCUUAAUAUUUAAUCAUCUCAUUAGUCUCAUUGUCUAGGGGUAUGUUAUUUUUUCAUAUCAAAUAUAGGACCUUUUCACAUGCCAAAGGUCACAAGGUCUCGCCAGCAGCAUGCAAACCCAGAAUUGAGGAGCAUACUGCGUUGAUGAAUAAAACCACACGAGACCGAAGCCGCAUUUUAAUAUUUUAAUAACAUUUAAAUAUCAAUCGGCACCAGCGGGGAGGCGUGCGCCACCAGGUUCCAGCGACCGACCGCCACGCACCAUCGCGAGACGCGCAUCCAUCGCCGGCGUGCAGCCAUGCAUCCACAGAGGUGCAAGUGUCACGAGCACUUAAGAGAUAUGAAGUCUGAUAAAAAAAAAACAUUAAGGAAUAUUUUUUUGUAAAAUCUCCAGACUAGAACAAACCGAUCACUGUUGCCUCCCAGCGUGACAUCUCAAGCCGGUUGAAUCUGAUUUAAAUGAAAUGUGGUGUGAAGCUGGGGAAGGGGGGGGUAGUGGUUUCCAGGCACACUGGGUUAGUGGACUGGAAGUGACACCGCGCUCUCUUACCCACGCGUCGGCCGAGGUUGACGAAGCCCGAGCACACGAGCGCAUUAAUAUCCAGCGCGACUAACCAAAAGCGACGCUUUGUGCACGAGUGUCCAUCAGGUGGCAUUUAAAGCGCAGCCACAGCGCGCACGUGCAGGGGAAAAAUCAGGCCACCCACAAAUCCAAACGAGACAUGUUUGGGGACGAAAAAAUUAAUAAUGUAGUCGUAGUUACGUAAGGAUUGUUAUUUUUUUAAAGGUUGUUCGUCGUUUCAACUACAUGGGUUUAACGAUGUUCAUACCUGCCAAGCCCUUAUCAGUGCCUCCCUUAUUACAGACCAAUUCAGACCUUAUUGGUCACCCCGUGGCGUUAUAAAUCUCAACGUUUAUCCUACAAAGUCCCAUCACAAGGAAAAAAAUAGACACAAAAACAUAUGCCUGUUUUGAAACGGUUGUACGCCGUAUGGACCUGAAAACUUAAUUGCCCCGCACAGAAAUACGGUGUAAACCCAACGGGUUGACAGCUAUGGAUUUGUACAUGGCGGGCGGUCGGCGUCUGCAACUUAUAUCGGCGUUUGAUAACCAUUUCACGUGAGACGACGGACGUCGAUAAGUGACGACGAAUAUCGCGAAGUAUUAACGUGAAUGCAAUUACUAUUGUAAUGAAUGAAACUUAAAAAGAAUUGAACCUGUAAACUCUGUGCAAACUGGCUCAGUGGGUGAGUGUGCUGAUGACUC